GUCUCAGUCUCCCACUCUCCGUUAGCCCUCUAUUGAUCCAACGGCAAGCAGCGAGCGCCACUCACUACUCUGCUACUGAGUACUGAGCACAGCGCAGCCUCCUGCAAUGGAGCUCUGCACUACUCGCGCUUUCUCUAAUCUUCACCACCGCACCCUCUUCAAUCCUCUCGCAAAUCGUCUCCGAUGGAAAACAACAUCUAUCCCCUUCAAACAAUCUCCAAUCUCUCGAACCAGUCCAGGUUCUCUUUAUUUCAAUAAUCCAUUGUUGAGGGCAUCAAUAUCCGAAGGAUCAUCAAGUGGAGCAGAUCAGUAUAUCGGAGAAGAGCGUGACAGUGUACUAGUCAUGGAAGAUAUUCCAGCAACUGAAGAAAACAUAUACAAUGAAGUUAUUCCAACAGAAGCACCCAUAGAAGAUUCACAAGUGGAAGAGCAGACAGUGGCUUUUGAGUUUCUGGAUAAUCUCAAGUUUGACUCAGAAGAUCCAUAUUCUAUUCUCCUAUAUGGUACCGGUGCCUUGACUGCCUUGUGGUUUGCAUCAGCCAUCGUUGGCGCCAUCGAUUCUAUUCCAAUAUUUCCCAAGUUGAUGGAAAUCGUGGGUCUGGGCUACACAUUAUGGUUCAGUGCCCGCUAUCUAAUCUUCAAGCAAAAUAGGGAUGAGUUGGCUGCUAAAAUUGAAGAGCUCAAGCAGCAGGUUCUAGGUUCAGAAGAUGAGUAAGGUAGUGCAAAGAGGGCAUGUAGAGGGAAUGAAUUGACAUUUGGGCAAGUAUUAUAGGUAAAGCAUUUUUUUUUUUUUUUUUGUAAAAAUAAAUUCAGAGUUUGAUAUUUUACCAUCGCAAUCAAAGUAAAUGGGAUGGUGCUACUCACACCACAGUUUGUAUCACUGGUUUCACCACUAACUAGUGUACCAUUGCAUCUCA